AUUGAUCACUAUGGCGCAUCUUGUACUUAUAAUACCACCUAAUAAUACUGUCAUUGCUUAAAACGGAACAAUUACAUCAUUUUUCUGAUUUACACUCCGCCACCUGUUGCAUCUGAGGUCCAAUAAUCAAAUUCCAUUAUCAACAGGUAUGUCAACACGCCACAGCACGCAUGAGCGAACCAACCGUCACCGUCAAAGCGUUUCCAUGGCGUGAAUCAAUGUACAAACAAUCGAAACGAAAAACAACUGCAAGUCUUGCUGCAAAUUCUGUGAAGGAUUUUCGAUUCGUUACAAAAUAACACCAGCAUCAUUCUAAGCAAUGGAUAUAUCAACGAAACCCGUCUUUUCCUUCUCGCUCAACUAUAAGGUGUUCGAAAAGUUGGUGACCUGCGGAAAGUACGACGGGAUACAUUCCUGUUUGACCAUGGUCACCACCGCGGAUAAGAUUCUAAUCCACACGCCGCACAAACGAUACGGGCUGCAAAACUCGAAACUAUCGAUUUCGGAAAUCAAAAAUGACAUCGCACUGCUCAACAUGAACUUUCCCAUACGAGCGAUCGUUGCUGGACGGCUGAAGAAGGAUGACGAGCGUGACGUGCUGGUGAUUGGAAGUCCUUCACAUGUGCUAGCAUACCACGUGGAUGAGAAUUGUAACAUGUUUCAGAAAGAUUUCCACGAAGGGGUACGCUCGGCCGUGAUCGGUCCCUUUGCCAACAAUUCGGGUAAUACACUGAUCGUCGGUGGUAAUGCCGUCGUGCGAGGUUACAAUCAGGACGGAACCGAAGUUCUGUGGCUGAUAACGGCUGGUAGCGUGGUUGCGCUGCUACUAAUCGAUAUCGAUAAGGAUGGCCAAAAUGAGCUCAUCAUCGGUACGGAUGAUGGAUGUAUACGGAUCUACAAGAAGGAAACGCUGCUGCACGAGUUUACGGAGGGCAACGAGAUACAGAAUCUGGUCGCCCUGCGUACCGCCCAGUUUAUGUACAGUGUGAAGAAUGGCACGAUCGGUGUGUUUGAGGAGAACGUGCGAAUGUGGCGCAUCAAGUCGAAGGCACGAGCUACAGCGAUGGCCACGUACGACAUACUUGGCUGCGAGUCCAAGCAGAUGAUCGUCGGGUGGAAGAGUGGCAAAAUAGAUGUACGUGAUCCACGCACCGGAGACGUUUGGUUCCGGAUGAAGAUGAACGAUUUUGUCUGUGGCAUUGCAUGUAACGAUUACCGUGGGAUUGGUUUGCUUGAUCUUGUCAUCGUGACGGCAGAUGGAGAAAUCCGGGGGUACACGACGCCUAGUGUUAAUAUGCUGACACUGCACAACAUCGCGGAUGAGGAGAUGAGUGCACUGUUGACUCAGAAGCAGAAGCUACUGCUCGAGCUGAAGCACUACGAAAACAAUAUCAAGUACAACAAGGAAAUUCUGAGCAAUACGAGCGAGAGUAAUCUGGUGCAAAGCGUACCCGACAACGUUGGUAUUAUACCGUCCAAUACACGGCUUCAAAUAGGUAUUUCUACCAGCUACGAUAAUAAUGAUAUGAACAUUGACAUUACGGUGUCGACGAACAACUCAACCACUAUCCGUGCGGUGCUGAUCUUUGCCGAUCAGUUGUUCAAGGAGGAAACGUUGAUCGCACAUUUGACGAAGGACGUUUCGCGCAUAUUGAUUCCGCUCAAAACGCUCAAGGAUAAUGCACAGGACAUCCAUAUCAAGGCGUUCGUUGGCUACCCGAGCAGUGUGCAAUUUCAUGUGUUUGAACUGACCCGUCAGCUGCCUAAAUUUGCGAUGUACACAAUACCGCAUAAUCUGACCGGCUCGCCGAAGAGUGUUUCCUACAUAAACACACUCCCAACGAAGGAUGGCCCGGGGGGAAGUUACGUAGAGUUUCGCAUCUCGGAACGUCUGAAGCGAAUAUGCAUCUGGGUCAAUCAGAAUUUUCUUCUACCAUCCGACAUCGAGUACAUGACAUCAGAUGCAGACGCGACAGAGCUGAAGCUGAACCUGAUCAGCCUGCGCACGGCUAAAACCGUAUGCCUACACUUUAGCUACGAUGGCAAGACGCGCUUCUACACCGAGGACAUCGGUCUGGCCGGUGACCUCGUGCAAUCGUUGGUGCAGUUUCUCAAUAUAGACAACAUGAACUCUACGACAAGCUUUCCGUUUGUGUGCGAAGAAGUGAGCGAACUGUUCCAGAAACUGCAAGGCCUUCAAGACACGGAAAAGCAGAUAAACUCCGAAAUCGUGGAACACAUCAAUCAGAUCAAAAGCCAUCUGAUACGGGCGGAGGACGCGCGUUAUUACAAUGGCGAAGACGUCAUUAAGUAUCACAAUGAAAUGAUGGCCACAAACGAAGAUCUGGUAAAGAGCUACAAAAUCCGGCUGGUCAACACGAACGAAAUACAACUGGCACUGAAGCGCAUCCACGGUAUCCUGUACAAUGCGUCGAGGUUGCGAGCCGGAACGUUCGCUUCGGCCAUGAUAGGCCGGUUCAAGGACGCACUCAAGACGAACAACAUUGAUGCGGUGCUUAAAAUCAUCGAGAUGGGCGAAAUGUAAGCAGAAGCGAGAGUAUCUACCGUCAAGUGUUUGCAACUAAUGGUACGAGCUGAUCAACGGUCACAUCUGAGUCCAUCCUCCAAGUGCCAAGAAUUGACAGUUGAUAAUGUGUUUUUCAUCGACGAAUAAAUUGAUCGUCGAUCAACAUCACUUCAUCGGUACGGCAACGCGCUGCAGAUAUAAAAACCGGACUAUACCACUGCAGUAGAUCAACUAAUACGAUUGAAUUGGGGGUUUAUUUUUGGAAUCUUCUACCCACAAUCCACGAAAAGAGCAUUGGUUUUGCAGCAAACCCAUGACGACGCCAUCCGUCCGCGUUCGAUCCUGAGAAGGGGAAAGCUUUUUCUAUCCCACACGCAAAGGCAUCCUCCUACGCCACCGAGUGCACGAAUGGCCGUGCUUUCGUAGCAGAAAUAAAUCAGUGUCUCGCCGGUUCGUGCAAAGUUCGUUACCGGUUCCCAGUAAAGGCAGUAACGAUCACCGUUGGAACUGUCACACCACUUCCAAUAAAACACAUCCUACGUGAUCGUCGAUCGUGUACACGAACUGGUUGAUGACUUCAUACUAAGGCGCUGUAUCGGUAUUCUAACGCCACUGUACUACUUAUUAUUGACAGCACACUAAGACGUGCGAUCGUUUCGUACGGCGUAUAAGGGGAAGAACUAAUUGUUCGACAGAAACAUGUUUGAAAUACAAAACUGAUAGCUGCACAUUGAAACAAGCUUAAUAUUUUUAUUGUGUUCCCUUUUCGUUGAGUUUCGACGGUAAAGAAAUAGAUAUUGACCAUAUUUUUCAAUCGCUUUUCAUGCAUGUUGCAAGCAGUGAACUCCACGGUACGUUCAGCAUAAAAUUGUAAACCCAAAAUCCGAAUCGUUACCACUUUCUUCCACUUCCAUUUUCAAGGUUCGUGACGAAAUCGUCCAACGUGUUCACCGGCCAGCUUCAGUUGGCAGCCAACGAUCGCGUAAUACAUCCAAAAACAGAAAUGUGAAAAACAGGUUUCACUGCAAUAAAAGCCUGCGCGAGAAUGGUUUCGCGAGAAGUUGAAGCUAUAAAAUCUGCCCAAAGCAGGAAAUAUUCCGCCCAAGGAGUUACUGGUAUUGAGAGAAACGAUCUUUCAGCAAAAGAUGAGUUUGGGUAACCCAUCUCACCCGACAUCAAAUAUCUCUUGAGCAGUCAAAAGACAACAUAACAGCUCUGGACAACAACAGUAAGCUGCCCAUCGUAAUACGGCCGCUUCGUUGGUCGUGCCUUGGGCCAAAGACGACACAACGCAUAUGUUGGAUGGUUUGAUUGUUUGCAAUUCAUUUGCUCAGGGCCAUCCUACGGAUGUGGGGUGAUCGUGUGUGAAAGGUUUACGACGAGUACUAGUGUUUGCGCACCGCCAAUACUGGCACGGUUGUUGUUCCCUGGUAUAUCGAUUGAAAAAAUUAAGUUCGUUGUUUCGAUUUGUUGUGUUAAGGUAUUGAGGUCUUAAAAUAAAGUUCGUGUGCAGCAACGAACAUAAACAAAUAUGACUGAAAAUUGUCUAGCAAAAUGUACAACAAAAAGUGUGCUAAAUCAAGACAUGGAAAUAUGAUUUAUCUUAUCGCCGACGAUAUCCGAUCGGAUGUCGGAAAUGGUUUGAAAUUGACACGUUAUUUUCUGCUAAAAUGUACAGAAAAAUAUCAGUCUACAAAUUCCAACGAAUUGAAACUUGAUCGUAACGUGACGAUCCGUUGUGAAAUUUACUCCAUGAAGUUUUUGUCCAUGAAGAAUUCCUUUAGAGCACAUGGUUUCUGGGUCUAUAGUUGGAGGAAAGAGUUUCAUUUAGGUAAUAGAGCAUCAAGGGUUAAACUUGAUUUAAAAAACCUUUUUCGUAUAAUAACAGAUCUCUGGAAGCUAAUAACAUCUCGCGCAGGGAUAGCCCUUUAAUUGUAUCUUUUGCCGCUAAAAGUGCAUAGUGCAUCGUGCUGAUCUUCCUACUAAAGAUCGAAUGAUCGAGAUUAUAUGUUCCUCGAAAAAACUGGAUUAAUAAACUAGUCUAUACGUUAAAAAAACGAAAAAGAUACCAAAAAAUUUCCAAAAACCUUUUAAACAACAUGAGUCGAGAGUUUUGAACGAACAUCCACAUUAUAUUGAUUUGUCUAGAAUGUGUAGCUUUAUGUAAUUUAUUGCUCAUUUCUACGAUACGAUAAUACGAAUUUCGUGCACUAAUCAGGUGCACAUACUAAAAGUGGGCGAGCGAGAAUUCCCAACAAAACAUCUAUUUGCGCUCAUCGUCAAGGUUGUACAUUCCGUGUCGGGUAGAUGCAGUUGCACUGAUAAGCGAACAAGCCCCGCUAGAUACAAUUCCACGCCUCUGUUCAUCAGUUUCCUCUCCAUACCGCCUUCCACAAUAAGCGUCCUCAGCACCCCAUCGCUUCUACCUCUACUAAUCCAGUCUAACCUCUGCCAUGGGUAAUGAUAAAGUCGCGUGUAACUCAUUACUUUAGAAUGCAGUUUUUCUUCCACUGCGAUGGAGUUCAAUUCGAUGAACGUUAAUGUGUCGCUUUAUUCACUAAAUUUCGUUCCGCAACUUUGUAGUCUAAUGAUAAGUGGCAACACCUUUGUGGUGCAAGUACGUUCAGUGUUUGGUUCCGUAAAAGGGUAACCUUGGAGGUCAGUUUGAAGUGUAAAAAUUCGGCACUGCUGGUCAUUUUGUUUAUCUAAGAAUGUGUAGUGUUUGUGUGUUGGGUUCCUUAGUGCUGGUAACGAGUCAAGGUUUUAUCGAACGAACACUAGAGCAUCUACAGUGAACAUAACAAUCACAGCUACAGUGAAUCUAUGCGGACACAACGGACGCAUCAACGAGGGUCGUAAUUUUCGCUCGCUAAACUCACGACAACGACAACAUUUGAUUGUCACCGGGAAGUAUGUUUUAUUUUCACAUUCUUUCAAACGGCGAGGAAAACCAUCGGCCUAUCAACCCCACCACACCCUAGUUCCCGUUUAUUGACGCGUUGAAAUAGGAGACUAGCGCGGUAUUAUGUGUUGUUUAUCAAUUUGACAUAACGUUUAGUGCCUCAAUAUCGCGAUCGCUAUAAAUACUUUCGAUAAAAUGUGCGACUUUAUGUUAUCUGAAGUAUGCUCUAA